AAGUAAGUUCGCAAAUAGCUUCACCAAGACAGGAAGGUAAUAACUUCGAAGCAGUAUAUGGAAGUCACAUGAUGACUCCGGACAAGUCCGACAAGCUUUAUCGCCGGUGCGGAGCCCUGCGAGGGCAGACUAGUUCUUGAAUUAACGGACAUCCUAACUAAAUAAUCAUUUAUUCGUUUAACAAUCCUUUUUAUGUUAAAAAGAUAGGUAUCAGCAGUUGAAAUGGCAGAAACAUAUCUAAUGUGGGUGGCUGGCGAAGAGAAGCCGGGAGAAGAGGAGUUGAUACCAAUAGAAGAUCCAGCCAUAGGGGAGAUCUUUGCGCACUGCCACGCGGCCUCACCCACCGACGUCGAGCGCACCAUCUCGCUCGCCCAACGCGCCUUCGAAUCAGGCCUCUGGUCCCAAUCCCCACGCCACCACCGCGCCGACGUACUGGACAAAUGCGCCUCUCUCCUAACCGCAGCCCUGCCGGACCUAAUCGCCCUCGAGGUGCGGCAGACGGGCCGCGCGGUGCGCGAGAUGAAGGCGCAGGUGCCGUCGCUCGUGCGCUGGUUCAAGUACUACGCCUCGCUGCUGCGCGUCGAAGAACAGCCCGUGCUCCCCACCACGGGGAAACUGCAUAAUUUCCUGCGGCGCGCGCCGCUGGGCGUCGUGGUGCAGAUCACGCCGUUCAAUCACCCGCUGUUGAUCGCGGUGAAGAAACUGGCGCCUGCGCUGGCGGCGGGGAAUAGCGUGGUCGUCAAGCCGAGCGAGUUGACGCCGCUGUCGACGUUGGUCCUGGGAAGGAUUCUGAAGGAGGCCGGGAUUCCGGAUGGUGUGUUUAGCGUGUUGCCUGGGUACGGGCGGACGACGGGCGAGGCGCUCGUGCGGAAUCCGUUGGUGAGGAAGGUGGAUGUUACGGGAGGCACGACGGCGGGGCGCGCGAUCGGCGGGAUCGUGGGGGCGAAUUUGGCGAGGUAUACGGCCGAGUUGGGGGGCAAGGCGCCGCUGAUCGUGUUUGAGACGGCGGACGUGCAGCUUGCUGUUAACGGGAUCGCGUUUGGGAGUUUUAUCGCGAGUGGACAGACUUGUAUCGCGAGCACGAGGAUUAUUGUCGAUGAGAAGAUAUUGCCGCAGUUGCUGGAGUCGUUGAAGGUGAAGACGGAAUUCAUCACGCAACGUAUGGGCGCUCCGAGUAACAUGGAGUCCUCCAUGGGGCCAUUGAUUUCAGCAAAACAGCUUGGGAAUGUUGAGGCGUUGGUCGACGAGGCCCUUAAUAGUGGAAAAGCCAAGGCUGUAGUAGGGGGGCGUAGGAUGCAAGGCGUUAGCUCUCUCGACGGAACUGAUUUCUCGAAAGGGUACUUUUACCAGCCCACCAUCCUUGUCUCAAGCGAGGAAAAGAGCAUUCUCACAACACGUAUCUGGCGCGAGGAAGCAUUUGGACCCGUUAUCGUGGUAGUCCCUUUCAAAACAGAAGAGGAGGCCAUAGAGCUAGCCAACGACAGCGAGUUCGGUCUCGGAGCCGGAAUCUGGACCCAAGACCUAGCACAAGCUUUUCGUGUCUCGGAACAGAUCGACGCAGGAAUAACUUGGGUGAAUACACAUCAUCGAAACGACCCGAGUAGUCCAUGGGGUGGGGCCAAAACUUCGAGCGGUGUCGGCAGCGAAAAUGGCAUCGACGCGUACAACGCAUACACGACAACUAAGAGCACUAUUAUCAAUUAUGCUUCGACUGAAGAGUCAUUGGCUGCGGAUGAUUGGUUUAAAGUCGGAGCUGGUUCUGUAAGAUAUGGUUGAGGAUUAUUGUACUGGAUACGUAUAGGUACUCACCAGGUAGUCAUAGGAGAAAAGGAGACCCGACGUUCAAAAAGUGUCAGUGUCAGAAGCUUCCUCCAUGAGAGCUGGUAGCCAGAGGUAUCGGGAGUCGGCCUGUACAAAGCCGCCCUGUUGGCAGCUAG